GCUGCCCUUAGAAGCCGGGUGAUUGAAUUACUCAGAUAUGAAGAUCAUCUUCUAGGUUUUGUGUAAAAGGCCCCGGAUAUUUCAAGUGGCCAUUUUGGAAUUACAAUGUUUCUGGAUAAUUUUGCCCCAGAAGUUUAUUAAAAUUGGCAAGAAUCAUCUCUGAAGUGAAUUGAUAGUAGUGAACAAUUCUACAAGCUUUAAAGAGACCCAGGCAUUUCUUCAGUAUUUUGGUUCAGACGGAUUAUAUAACUGGUUAAAGUAUUUCAGCUGGUGGUAUUUUUGCCUCCCCCCCACCCCCCAGUCCCUCCCCUGUUGUUGGUGUUCUUCAGCCAGAACUGUAAGAUAUGUUUGAUUUGUGUACUGAGUAGUUUCUCUGCAGUUUCAAAUUACUGUUUAAAUAUUGCUGAAGUUUCAUGGCAGUUUAUUUUUACCUUUAUUUAAAGUUUUAGGAAUUUUUGACCUCAGCCCUUUUCAUGUCACAAUGGGACAGCUUUUCUAAAUGAAGACAUUGAACGAAUACAGAGUUUUUUUGCUUUUAUCUUUUAUUUACAUGGAAAUUUAAGAUGUUGCAGUUUCCCAGCAGCAUGGUAGUAUUGAGAUAGCUGUGUGUCUCUGUUUAUGCUGAUGUUUAGGAAUGCUCUUCAGAUGUGAAAUUUUCUUUUUGUUUUUGCUUUUUGGCUCGUAAAUUGGAUAUUUCAUCUGGAGUGGAUAAGUACAACAGUGACAAGUACAUGGAAUAAUAAAGAAGACUUUAAAAUCUUAAAUCCAAGGAACUUGGCUAAUUCUGGAGAUAGCCAUAUGAAAACUUUAAAACAGAAGUAUGGGUAGCUGACUGAAGUAACUCUAUGUCAAGUAGCCAUAGGUUAAGUAUCUUCAAAGAACUUGGAUUUUAUUUCAGAGGAUACAAAAUAAAAAAACAAACUGGAAAACAUAAAGAUUACAGAGAAAAACCCAACACCUUCCUGUGCAGUCCUGUUGGAAUUUGGACUUGCCAUGAGGUGUUGAAGCCUUGUUUCGCGGAGUUGGAGAGACUGGACCUAAAUGGCGCAGCAUGACUUUGCUCCAGCCUGGCUUAAUUUUCCUACCCCACCAUCAUCAACAAAGUCGUCACUGAAUUUUGAAAAGCAUUCUGAAAACUUUUCAUGGACAGAAAAUCGUUAUGAUGUGAAUCGUCGACGACACAACUCUUCAGAUGGCUUUGAUUCUGGAAUUGGACGUCCUAAUGGAGGUAACUUUGGAAGGAAAGAAAAAAAUGGAUGGCGUACACAUGGAAGAAAUGGUACUGAAAACAUAAAUCAUCGAGGGGGAUACCAUGGUGGAAGUUCCCGUUCUCGUAGCAGUAUUUUCCAUUCUGGAAAAAGCCAAGGCCUACAUGAAAACAGCAUACCUGACAGUGAAACGGGGAGGAAAGAAGACAAGAGAGAACGCAAACAGUUUGAGGCUGAGGAUUUUCCAUCUUUAAAUCCUGAGUAUGAGAGAGAACCAAAUCAGAAUAAAUCUUUAGCUGCAGGUGUAUGGGAAUAUCCCCCGAAUCCUAAAUCUAGAACUCAAAGGAUGCUGGUCAUUAAGAAAGGUAAUACAAAAGACUUACAGCUAUCUGGAUUCCCAGUAGUAGGAAAUCUUCAGUCACAGCCAGUUAAGAAUGGGACUGGUCCAAGUGUUUAUAAAGGCUUAGUCCCUAAGCCUGCCGCUCCACCUACAAAACCUACACAGUGGAAAAGCCAAACUAAAGAAAAUAAAGUUGGGACUUCUUUCCCUCAUGAGUCUACAUAUGGUGUCGGAAACUUUAAUACUUUUAAAUCAACUGCCAAGAAUUUUAGUCCAUCAGCAACUUCAGUGAAAGAGUGUAAUCGCUCAAAUUCCUCUUCACCUGUUGACAAACUUAAUCAGCAGCCUCGUCUAACCAAACUGACACGUAUGCGCACUGAUAAGAAGAGUGAAUUUUUGAAAGCAUUGAAAAGGGACAGAGUAGAAGAGGAACAUGAAGAUGAAAGCCAUGCGGGCUCAGAAAAGGAUGACGACUCAUUUAAUUUGCAUAACAGCAACAGUACUCACCAAGAAAGGGAUAUAAACCGAAACUUUGAUGAAAAUGAAAUUCCACAAGAGAAUGGCAAUGCCUCAGUAAUUUCCCAACAGAUCAUUCGGUCUUCAACCUUCCCACAAACUGAUGUUCUUUCUAGUUCACUGGAAGCAGAACACAGAUUGUUAAAGGAGAUGGGCUGGCAAGAAGACAGUGAAAAUGAUGAAACAUGUGCUCCCUUAACUGAGGAUGAAAUGAGAGAAUUCCAGGUUAUUAGUGAACAGUUACAGAAGAACGGUCUGAGGAAAAAUGGUAUUUUGAAAAAUGGCCUGAUCUGUGACUUCAAGUUUGGACCCUGGAAAAACAGCACUUUCAAACCCACUAUUGAGAAUGAUGACACAGAGACAAGUAGCAGUGACACAUCAGAUGACGACGAUGUGUGAAGGAUUUCCUAACAGCUUUAGAAAUUUUAGUGUGAUACAUCUCUCAUACAGUUUGGGGUGAAUUGUAAAAAUGAAGAACUAUAAUUUAUGUAGUAAAAUACCCCAUUAGAAGAUGAUUUUUUUGGGGAACUUCAAUAUGAAGAAAACCAAGAAUGUUGUGUUGGGCUGUGUUGAACAUUAUUUCUUUGUUAAAUGAAUGUUGUAGAAAUGAGGACUUUGGUUGAUCCAACAUUGACUUUCUUCAUCACUGCAGCAUUUCUCUGACUAGCAAUGUGACGAUGUAACAAAUGAGAUUUUCUCAUUUAAUAAUAAAAAAA